AUGACGUUGGUUCUCCUCGCUCUUCUCAUUUCGACCGCUGCAUUCGCUGGUUUGUACUAUCAGCUCCUCGGAAAGGAUUCGGCUCGACUGCCAAAGUGGCCGAAACCAUCGAUCAGUCCACUGGGUAAAUACUCUCGAGCUGCCGUCGCAGCUGAUAACGAGUACUGUUCUGAAAUUGGGAGGAACGUCCUACUUCAUGGUGGUAAUGCCGUCGAUGCCUCUGUUGCUGCACUGUUCUGUAUUGGAGUGAUGGACAGUCACUCAGCAGGGCUUGGUGGAGGACACUUCAUGACCAUCUAUAACGCGACCACCCAGCAGUGUACUGUAAUUGAUGCAAGAGAAGUAGCUCCGAAAGCCGCCACUGAAGACAUGUACAGGAACAGAUGGAAUGAUAGUCGCACGGGUGAGAUCAUAUGUUCCAGUCCGCUUAUGAGUUGCUUGGAGAUUCCGGGAAACCAGGAAUUCUUCCUGAGAGAUUUCUCGACUUUCUUCGAUACCAAUAUUUACUCUAACAUCACGAGUCUGAAGAAAAAAGCUUUCGCUCAUUCGUUCUUUCUAGAUGUGCUUCAGGUUCUUUCAAUCCAAACCUAUUAUAAAUCACGAUGGAACUUGGGAUACACCUUACUUCUCACAAUUGUUUGGGAGAGGAGGGUCGACAGUCUGUGGACAAGUACGCGUUUUUGGCAAGUCUGCCUAAUUCGCAGACUCUGA